UCUGUCACAAUGACUCAGCAGUUUCGUGUGCAGGAGGCGCUUAUAAAAGUGCGAGGCGGAUACUCGAUCUCACAAUUCCGAGUCGUAUCUCUCAAGGACAGAUCGUAGCAAGGCGUAUCCUUUGGACCCCAAAAAUGGCUCCCUACACCAUCACCUACUUUGCGGUUCGAGGGCGAUGUGGUUCCACGCGGAUCGCGCUCUCCGACCUGGGACAGGAAUGGAAGGAGACUGUCUUAAGUUUUGACGAGUGGAUGAAGGGGGAUCUGAAGGCAAAAUGCGUGUUUGGCCAGCUGCCAAAACUUGAGGAUGGUGACCUUGCCCUGUUUCAGUCCAACGCUAUCCUCAGACAUCUGGGCCGCAAGCAUGGGGCUUAUGGGAAGGAUGACAAGGAAGCUGCUCAAAUUGACAUGAUGGUCGACGGUGUCGAAGACCUCCGGCUCAAGUACAUACGCUUGAUCUACCAGGAAUACGAUACUGGCAAGGAAGCAUACCUCAAAGAUCUUCCUGACCACCUCUCCAAGUUUGAAGCUGUUUUGGCCCAGAAUAAAUCAGGAUUUCUGGUGGGGGACAAGGUCUCCAUUGCGGACUACACUCUUUUGGACGUCAUGCUCAACCACCAGGUGCUCUGCAGCCACAGCCUGGAUAAGUUUCCUUCCCUGAAGAGUUUUGUGGAUAAGAUGUCCGCCCGUCCGAAACUCAAGGCCUACCUGGAGUCCGAUGCCUACAAGAAGUUGCCCAUCAACGGAAAUGGGAAACAGUGAGGGGCCUGCAAAAGGGAGACAUGAAUCGAGCAGUUUUGUGUCUCCACUAGCCCUCCUGAGGAAAUUACUGCAUAUUAACUACAUUUUCUAGAGGAUGUAGAUUCUGAUGACGAUGGUUUAAUCUCUAGCUGGGAGAGGGUGGAUAGCCUUUUUUUUUGGUAAUGUUAAAAUCCCUGUGGAUGCACUGGGGAUGUAGGCUGUUUGGGUUUGUCUUGCCACAUAGGCCAUGUACCUACGUACAGCACGGCAGCUAGCUACCUAGCCAGCUUGCUUAUGGCAGCUAUGUCUGUUUUAGUCUAAAAAUAUUCACUGCAAUAGUGCACUCAUGAUUUGCAGUUGAUCAGUCUGGCAGUCAAAACAAUUGCUUCCAAACUGUUUAAGAGGGUAAGGAAAUGCUAUUCACUGCAUGGGUUAUGGUGGCUUUUUGACAUGCCUACAACAAUUGAAAUGAAGUGGCAUUCAUAAUGGCUUAAACCAAUACAACUACAGCCUAUAUCCAGCAUGCAAUCCAUCCUUUUACAAUUGAGCCCUGAGGAAAGUUAAAUAUUUGUACUUGUCAUCUCUUUUUACAGUCCUAUGAGUAAUUGUCCUGU